AUGUGGUCGCAGCUUUUGGAGGGUCGGCUUUUACAAAAAUACUCGAUUGACACAACGCCCUCUGAGGAUGGCGGCGGCGGUGGCGAGGGGGCAAAUGAUGGUUCAGUGAGUUCUGCGGAGCGUGCCGUGGCCGAAUCGGACCGCCUACUCGGAACACUCCCAUACAUCCCAGCGAUACUUAUUCGUGGCCACUCCUGGUAUCUGGCUGCCACCUCCCGCCAAGGCGACAAGACCAUCCUUUGGCGCGAAUACGCCUUUGGCACGACCCAGAGCGUCGUGGUCAUGCUGGUGUCGAGUGGCACCAUUCUGUACCUGUAG